GACACAGAGCAGACGACACAAAAAUUGAAAACGCAGAAAAGCGCGUUUGUAAUUGUUCUAAAAUCUUGACUCUUGACUUUUGAUUUUUUUUUUUCAUAAAAAGAUUAGAAUUUUGAAUUGGGAAUUAUAAUAGCUAUGCCACCUAAAAAAGCAGCAGCUGCUGGAAAGUCGAAAGGUGCUGGAGGAGGAGGAGGAGAUGAUGACAAGGGUAAAGACAAAAAAGGAGGAACUGGGAGUACGAUUAAGGUUAGACACAUUUUGUGUGAAAAGCAAUCAAAAAUUCUAGAAGCACUUGAAAAGCUUAAAGCUGGUAUGAAAUUCAAUGAAGUUGCUGCAACAUACAGUGAGGAUAAAGCAAGAUCAGGAGGGGACCUUGGAUGGAUGGUUAGAGGAUCUAUGGUUGGCCCUUUUCAAGAAGCUGCCUUUGCUCUACCAAUUUCAUCAUUGGGUAAUCCUGUCUACACAGAUCCACCUGUUAAAACUAAAUUUGGGUACCACAUUAUAAUGGUAGAAGGGAAAAAAUAAAAAAAAUAAAAACAACAUAUUGUUACAUGAA